GCUUGGACCAGCUGGGAACAAGAGUGGCUCUUUGGGUUCAAGGAAAGCAGCUUCAAAGCCUCUGAGGAAGGUUGAGAAGUUGCUGGAUGAGGUUGCAUCAGUCAAAGAGAAGAAACCCCACCAAGUGUUGUCUUCAGUUGUCACUUCCUCUCCUCACUCACAUUCCGCCAGUGUUUCUUCAGUUCUCCGCCGCCACGAGCAGUUACUGCAUUCUAAUUUGUCUCUCAAUGCCUCAUGUUCAUCUGAUGCCUCUACAGAUUCAUUUCAUAGCAGAGCGUCUACCGGAAGAUUGACUCGCUCCUAUAGCCUUGGUAGCAGAAGAAAGUCCUGUGUGUCAAAGGCAAGAAGUGUUGCUUCUGAUGGUGUGCUAGAAUCUCCCCCUGAUUGCUCACAGUCCAAGAAGAGGUGUGCUUGGGUCACUCCUAACACCGAACCGUGUUAUGCUACAUUCCACGAUGAAGAAUGGGGAGUUCCGGUACAUGAUGACAAGAAACUGUUUGAGCUUCUUGUACUUUCCAGUGUUCUUGCUGAACUAACUUGGCCAGCCAUUCUAAGCAAAAGACAUACUUUUAGGGAAGUUUUUGUAGACUUUGAUCCAGUUGCUGUGUCAAAACUAAGUGAGAAAAAGAUGAUGGCACCUGGAACUAUUGCAAGCUCCCUACUUUCUGAAGUUAAAUUGCGUGCUAUAAUUGAGAAUGCUCGUCAAAUAUCAAAGGUCAUAGACGAAUUUGGGUCAUUUGACAAGUAUAUUUGGAGUUUUGUGAACCACAAGCCUGUAGUUAGCAGAUUCAGGUAUCCGAGACAGGUUCCUGUGAAAACACCAAAGGCUGAUGUUAUUAGCAAAGACCUGGUGAGGAGAGGUUUCCGGGGUGUAGGCCCCACGGUGGUAUAUUCCUUCAUGCAGGUUGCCGGUUUAACCAAUGACCAUCUAAUCAGUUGCUUCAGAUUUGACGAGUGUAUAGCCGUGGCAGAAGGGAAGGAAGAGAAUCAUGCUGAACAAAAGGAGAGUGAAAACAUGAUGGAAUCAGAUCUGUCCAUUGCCAUGGAUGAUUUGAGUUUCUCCUCAGAAUGAUGCUUCAACUUUGGUGUUAGUGUACUACUCUUUUAGCCAUAGAUUUAGUAAUGUUGGAGGG